CGCCGGGCGCCGCCGCGUCCCCAGCGCCCCGGCCGGCCCCGCGGGGCGGCCUGCGGGGGCGGCGCAGUUGCGAAACUGAGUGCCUGUGUAGCUCCUCCUAGAACACCUGUCUGGCGCUCUGCCCUUCCUCAAGGCUGCCUCACACUGCUCCCACCUGGAGGCUCCAGCACGGCAAGGUACUUUGAAGAUUCAGAUUUGAGGUUGAAGAAAGGAAGAUGCAUUUGGGGACUGAUCUGCUCCCUCUAGACUUCUUCUCUAGGCUGACUACACAGACUCUGCCUUUUCCGUGUUUUCGUGGCCAGAGACAUGACCUGACGCCUUGAUGACCAGUCUCAGGGCCCUUGGGUGACUGGCUGGGGCACCAUGGAACUUAAAGUAUGGGUGGACGGAGUUCAGAGGAUUGUUUGUGGGGUCACCGAAGUCACAACCUGCCAGGAAGUUGUCAUAGCCUUAGCUCAAGCGAUAGGUCGAACUGGAAGGUACACCCUUAUAGAAAAAUGGAGAGAUACUGAAAGACACUUAGCACCUCAUGAAAAUCCUAUCAUAUCCUUAAACAAAUGGGGGCAGUACGCUAGUGACGUACAGCUGAUUUUACGUCGAACGGGACCGUCUCUCAGUGAGCGGCCCACGUCGGAUGGCGUGGCUCGAGUUCCUGAAAGAACUUUAUGCAGGCAGAGUUUGCCCCCCUUAGCUAAACUGAGGCCUCAGAUUGACAAAGCAAUCAAAAGGAGAGAGCCUAAAAGGAAAUCAUUAACAUUUACAGGAGGUGCCAAAGGGUUAAUGGACAUUUUUGGAAAAGGUAAAGAAACUGAAUUUAAGCAAAAGGUGCUGAAUAACUGCAAAACAACAGCAGAUGAGUUAAAGAAGCUGAUCCGUUUGCAGACAGAAAAGCUUCAAUCCAUUGAGAAAGAGCUAGAAUCAAAUGAAAUAGAAAUACGAUUUUGGGAGCAAAAAUAUAAUUCUAACCUUGAAGAAGAAAUUGUCCGCCUGGAGCAAAAGAUCAAAAGAAACGAUGUAGAAAUUGAAGAGGAAGAAUUUUGGGAAAAUGAAUUACAGAUUGAACAGGAAAAUGAAAAACAGCUGAAAGAUCAACUUCAAGAAAUAAGACAGAAAAUAACAGAAUGCGAGAGCAAAUUGAAGGACUAUUUGGGUCAAAUCCAAACUAUGGAAAGUGGUCUUGAAGCAGAAAAAUUGCAACGGGAAGUUCAAGAGGCACAGGUCAAUGAAGAAGAGGUUAAAGGAAAGAUCGGUAAGGUCAGAGGGGAAAUUGACAUUCAAGGCCAGCAGAGUCUGAGGCUGGAAAAUGGUAUUAAAGCUGUGGAAAGAUCUCUUGGACAAGCCACCAAACGAUUACAGAAUUUCUGCGACUUAUGACAAAGCUAAGAUAUGAGGCCAAAACAAAGAUGAGAGCUGAAGCCACACAGAUCCUUUUCCACAGAAGAAGCUUUCUUACUGUGGCAUUAGGUAAUCGGAUACAGGAGAUGAGAAUCUCAGAGCUGGAAUGGACACUAAUGAUGAGAUAGUGAAUCUGACCUUCUCCUUUUAGCGAUAGGGAAACCAAAGCUGAAAGAGAUUACCAAGGAUUGGUUCACCAAGGAUUGUGCAGCUAGCUGGCUGCUUAUCUCUCACCGCUCCUGUGUUGCUAACCCCACCUCCUCCCCUCUCCCGUAACUGUCCUUUGCUUCCCUGAGGAGAGGGGCAGGUUCCUCUCUGAUUUUUCCCCAUCUCCAGUGGGUACGAGAACAUUUCUAUUUCACACUUAACUCCGUGAUCACUCAGCUUAUAUUUCUCGGAUACCCAUUCUUGAAAAGACAGUGUGGUAAUGUUAAUGGGAGUUGCAAAGAGCUAUCGGUGUCUAACAGCUGAAAUGAGAAAGGGACACAAUUGAUUAUAAUAUGGCUACUUAUAUUUAAAUAAAUUAAAGUUAAAUAAUAUUCAGUAAAGCUUUUUAAAAAUAUUAAAUAAAUUUAAAUUUCUGUUUUAGUCACAUUUGGCCACAUUUCAAGUGCUCAGUGGCACAUAUGUGCAGUGGCUGCUGAACUGGACGGUGCUGGUUUAGAAGCUGUGUGAUCAUGGAUCAGAGAGCGAACCGUGAGGCUUACUGGUUAGAAGUUGAGAGUGUAUGUAGUCACGGCAUCUCCAAAGAGUGCCUGUGCCCACUGGAGUUUGAGAAGAGCUGCUGUAGAGUAGGAACAGUUCCACAAGCAGAGAAAGCUGACGUUUCAGGAAGAACUGAUGCGAUUUCCUUUCUCUGCCACUAACUAUAGCAAGAGGUAGAACUACCACCAAAAUUUGCAAAGUCAGGAAUUUCUCAUAAAAUAGAAGUUUGUUAACUUGUGAUUUGUCUGCAUUUUACUAUUUGGAUUCAUUUCAACACAAAACGAGUGCAGUUGGAAAUUGUAUUGCCUUGAUAUUACAGGAAACACUCACUUGUGACAGUUGUUACUAAUAAACCCCACUACCUGUGAAAAGUAUCUAAUAGUCAAGCUACUAACAUAUCUCCAAGUACCCCCUACACUCAAAGUAGCAAAAAACCCCUCCUUUCUAUUUUCUCUUCCCUACCCUUAACACAUCCUCUGACACAACCAACUUGGAUGAGACCUUGCCACUUUUUCUUAUAGGGCCCUAAAGGAGAGAAAGAGAAGAAAGUCCAUUUGAUAAUAGAAUGCCUCUCCUUGCUUUUGGAGCUUUCUGGCCGUCCAAACUUGGUCUCCUUACUUUAGCACUCUUCAGUUCUCAGAUCUGCUCAUCAAGGAUUAAAAAAACCCCAUAUGGGAAUCUUGCUCUCCUUGCUUUCCUUGCUAUAAUAUAAAUCUCAAUAAUGGAUUCCAUGAAAACUUAAACAGUUUAUAAAAAACAAGAACCCUGAAUCUCAUGGACCAAGUGACUAUUCAUUUUGCAGUCAGUUAUGAAGUAGAUAAUAAGGAAGUUUAAUUGUGAACAGCUUAGCAAGCUUGCUGUAAACACCAGGAUGGAUGGAAUCCAGUGUUUUAUUCAUGGAAGUUUAUAGACACGUAUUUAUUUCAUCAGGGGCAUAGUAUACUCCUAACGGAGGAAAGCAUGACAUUUAAGAGGACAGACUGAAGAAGUUGUUGUCCUUUAUUUGCUUAACUUUUGGCCCAUGCCACAGAGUGAAAGUGACCUCCUUAGCCCAUUACGUCGAUAUAAACCAGGUUUGUUAAAUGCGUUCUUGUGAAAGGUGUCCCACGUUCAAUCCUUGUAGCAGGUGGGCCAUCACCAGGAUGUCUGUAGCUGGCCAAUGGUGAACCCUCAAAUUUUA